AUGGGAAGUAUGGUAGGUGCAAGUGAAGACUUUAAAAGGAUGGCUGCUUAUGGUUCACCAGAUAAUCAAUUAACAGAAUAUGCGCUAUACAACAUGAUAUUAGUGAACGCUCUCAUUAACGUUGUUGACGAUCUUGAAGUAAGAAUACAUUUAAGAAACCAAAUGACAGCAUCUGGUUUAGAAAGAGUUGUAGAAAGGAUGAAGGAAUUAUCUGAUGAACACUUGGAUCGUCAAAUUAAAGAAUUUAAACUUUUAGCUGAAAAUGAUCAAGAUGAGGUAAUGGAAAUGUAUCACGAACAUAUUCUUAGCGAUCAAAAUGAUCCACGAGAUGUAUUUGAAUGUAUUCUAUCUAAUGUUGAAGGAACACGAAGUUAUGAUUUUUUCUUAAGUUGUCUACAGCACUUGCUAUUAAUCAAUUAUGAGGAACCCACUUUGAAAUCAAGAUAUUUUCAAAUUAUAGACAAUCUUAUAGCGCAGGUCUUGCUUGAUCAUAAAGGAUUGGCUGAUGAUUUCUCUGCUGAUUAUACAUCUACUGUUGAACAUCUCAUUAGUAAAUUUGCAGAUCAAGAUCAAUUAAAGGCUGCACUGGAGGAUAUUAAGGAAUUACAACAAAGUUAUGAUGAGCUAGAGCGGGAACGUAAUAUUUUACGUCAACAACUGUCUAAUCAAGAAGAUGCAAUGGAUAUUGUUCAAUUAAGAGAAAAAACAAUGUCUCUAGAAGAUCUUUUGAGAAUGUCUCGACACACUAUUUCAACACUUCAACGAAAGUUAAAAGACUUGCAAAGUGAUUACAAUACCAGGUUAGAAGAAUCAGAACGUCAACUGCGAGAUUUUUCUAUAUUGUUAAGUGAAGAUGAUACAUCUAACAUUGAUAGUGAUGUAGUUAUCCCUCGAAAAGAUAUUGUUACUGUAUUUGAAAAAAUUCGAACCCAAAAAUCACGAGAAGGAAAUAAAGAUGAUUCACCCAAGUUAUUAUCUUCAUCUGAAUUAUCAGCUAUGUCUGCUUUACAGCAAGAACGGCUUCCAGAUAAUAAUAAACGUAAAUCUGUCGCUUUAGGGUUAUCUGAGGAAUUUAAGAAACAAUUAGCUCGUCAAUUUGAAUCAGGUACGGGACUUGGUGAAUUUAUCUUCUCUGCCGAUAUGAUGCCACUUAUGGGAUCAGCUAGUAGACGAUCCAAUAAUCGUCGGAGACAAAUACAAGCAGAUACUGCAUCAUCUAUAUUUACUAAUGAAAAUAGAAUUCAAAGAGACAAUUUAUCUAAACAAAAUAAUUCAUUAGAAACGACAAAGUCGAGAAGAACCAGUUCUUCGAGUCAAAAAAGUAUUAAUAGUAAUGGCAGUAAUAGAAAAUAUAGCCAUCUGUAUUCUGAAGAUCCUUAUAAUAAUGAUAAAGAUAGCGCUAUUUCAUCUGUUAAUUCUUUGAUUCAUGAAGAAAAAACCCAUCUGUCUACACAUAAUAAUAAUAAUUACGACAAAAAAUACCCCGAUUUUAAUAUAACUUUACUAAAUAAUGAUAACAAUAAUAACGACACUAUAGUAUCUGCUCCUCCACCUCCACCUCCACCUCCUCCACCACCACCGCCACCACCACCAUUUAUUUCUUCUUCAAUACCAUUUUCUUUAUCUAUAAAUGAUGCCAUUGCUCCUCCAGCAAAUAUACCACCGCCACCACCACCACCACCUCCUCCACCCGCUAUACCACCUCCACCACCCAAUGCUCCAGGUGCUACUCUAAAUACACUCGUUCCUCGAAAGCAGAUCAAACAUUUACCUAACGUAAAAACACGUCAACUUCAAUGGCAAAAAUUAAAUUAUCAUCAUAUCAACUCUACUAUAUGGAAAACAGCUAAUUCAACUGACAAGGAUGAAGAACUUGAACAGUUAAUGGAAUCAGAGGGUAUAUUUAAUCAUAUAGAAGAAGUAUUUGCACAAAAAAUUAUUCUACCAAAAAAACAAGUCAAAAAAGAAAAGAGACAAGAAAUAUGUAUUAUUGAUUCACGAAAAGCAUACAAUAUUAGUAUUGCUAUUUUAGCAAAAUGUAAAAAUAUAUCUUUUAAAGAUUUCAAGAAAAAAAUUUUGGCAGUAGAUGAAAAGUUCUGUACAGAAAUUAUGUUAAGAAAUAUAUUAGCCAACACACCAUCUCCAGAUGAAAUGGGUCGACUUUCUGUCUUUCUCAAAACUGCUUCAGAGGAAGAUCUUCAAAGUUUAUCAAGAGCAGAUGCAUUUUGUGCUGAAAUUAUAUCCAUUGAUAGAUUUAAAGAGCGUAUAUCGAAUAUGUUGUUUGUCAUUACAUUUAAUGAGCGUAUCACACAACUGGGCAGGAAUAUGACCUAUGUAAUGGAUGCAUCUACUAAAUUAAAAGAAUCUCAAACGUUUAUUGAAUUGCUUAGUAUAAUUCUGAUGGUAGGUAACUUUUUAAAUGGUACUAAUUUUCAAGGUGGUGCAUUUGGUAUCCGAAUCAGUAGUAUCAAUAAGCUAGUAGAUACCCGAGCCUCUAGUAAUAAUACUACUUUAUUACAUUUCAUAUGUGCACUGAUUGAAGAAAAGUUUCCCUCAAUAUGCAAGAAUCUUUUAGAAGAUUUAGAAUUAUGUGGAGAAGCAUGCAGAGCUACCAUGUAUAAAUUUAAAGAUUCUGCGAUUGAAAAGUUUGAUCAACUUGAAGUUAGAUAUACUUCAAUGGAUGUAGCAUACAAAGAUGUAGUGUCUUAUUUUGGUGAAGACCCUAAUGAAAUGAAACCAGAUGAAUUUUUUGGCAUCUUUCAAACAUUUAUUUCUAGUUGGAAUAAAGCUAAAUCAGAUAUUGAAUCAAGCAGAAAAAAGAAAGAACAAGAAGAGAAAUCGAGAAAGUUUCAAGAACAACGCAAAGCUUAUCUUAAUAAGCGAUUAGAGAUUCAUGAUGGUUCUGCAGAGAAUCAGGACGAUAAGGAUAUUAUGGAUAAUUUAUUGGAAAAGCUUCGUUCAGGAGAAAUGGCUACUACCUCACAUCGUAAGAGUCGUAGAAUAUCUAUAAGAGAGCGGAGAAAGACAAGAGCAGAAUCCAUGGUUGUAAAAGCUGAAGAUUUAUUGCGACAUAUUCAAAAUGAGGAAGAAGCACCACCACUUCCAAGAGUAAAAAAGGGAUCUAGAAGAUUCACAAGUUCUGAAAGAAUGAAGAAGCUGGCUUCAUUAGCAGAUAAAGGAGAAGUUAUAGUCAACUUCUCCUUUAAUAAAGAAACUUCUUUACAUCUAAUGGCUUCUACUAAAGAAGAAUCCAAUGCCUCUUCAUUAUUCGGGGAUUCAACGGGAGAUGAUCCUUUUAGUCAGUUGCAGCAACAAAGCACAAUCUCGGAGGGGCCUACAAAGCAAGUCAAUGAAGAGAAGGAUUCUUCUGUCAAAGAACAAUCUAAACCUGUAGUCGGUGAUGUCUCUACCUUAUUUAGUAAUAAUGAAGUAAGUAAUGCGGACAUCUUUUUUUCAUCUAAUAAUCCUACAUCUCAAUCCGUCAAUCCGCCAUCAACUUCAAACGCGUCGUUAGCUGCAGCAUUUUUCGAGCAGCCUCAGCCUUCAGAUUCUUUCUUUGAUAAUUUAGGUCAGAAUCAGACUUCAUCUUUAACGCAGCCAUUCAAUUAUGAACAAAACCAACAACAACAACAACAAGAAGCCAUUUCUAAUGUUUCUUUAACUCAUGCGUAUGAUCCUAAUGCUUAUGCCUCUUACGACUAUAAUCAACAAGAGCAAAUUCAAGGCCAGGAACAACAACCAUAUGAUCAAUCUCAAUGGAUUCAAUUUGAUCCCAAUGUGCAUUAUUAUUAUGAUGAACAAGGUCAAGUUCAUUAUUAUGAUCCUAAUACAAACCAAGAAUAUGAUAUGAGCCAAUUUGAAUACAAUCAACAAGGUCAGAGUUAUGAAUAUCAAUAUGAUCCUCAGUAUGCAGAAUAUUAUAAUCAACAAAGCUAUGAUCCUAAUAUGUAUACAACUACAAAUGAUAACUCCGGUAUUUAUGACAACCAACAAACAUAUAUUCCAGCUCAAGCUAAUUAUAAUACAAAUGCAUAUACUCCUGCGCAACAAUCUGCAGAUGCCAGUCAAAGUUAUUAUGAACCCGCUCAGCAUACUUCAACAAUUCUCAAUUCAUCUAAGGAAGUUCAAGAACAAAGCUAUCAUCCUCAGGAGUAUGUCUCUACUACUACAAAUAAUGUAGCUGAAGUACCCGCUCAAGUUCAAUCCGAGCAAACAAUUGAUACACAAAGUUAUUCACCUGAACAACAGGAUCAAUAUAGUAUUCAAAACUAUGUUUCUGCUGAAUACAAUGAACAACAACAAGAAUAUAGUUAUCAAACCCAAAAGUUACCGGCUAAUAAUGCCUCGUUAACUGCUAAUUUACAACCACAGGGUCAGCUUGAACAAGAUCAGUAUGUUCCUGUAGAUUAUAAUAAUACUGCUGUUCAACAAGAUUAUUCACAAUUUCAAACUGAAUUUGAGGAAGAAGUAUUGCAGCCAUCAGCCUCUCAGCCUCCUCUUUCUAUGACAAGUUUUAAAUCUUCCUCAACUGCUCCCCCCAAAAAUGAUAUUUCUUCCUUACCAAACUCAACUCCAAUAGAAGAAGCAACUCAAAGAGGCUCAUAUGACGCAAAUUCAGUAAACUUAGAACAACAACAAGAGCAUUCAUCUAAACAAACAGAAAAUAUGGAUGAUUUAGAUGAUCUUGUAUUGGACAAUUUGAUGACUAUGGAUAACUAUGCAACUCAUGCAUAUGAAGAGAAUCAAACCAUGGAGCAAAAUACAGGAACAGAUGGUGAAACUGAUUUCUCUUCACAGUAUAACAAUCAAAAGAUGCCACAACUACAUAUGCAAAUGGAGCCUAUUAUUUUUUCCAACGAAUUACCAUCUGAAGUUGGAUCAGAUGCUCCUGGUGAGCCUAAGCAAGAGCAAGCUCAAAUGGACGAAACUCAGCAACAGGGAGAUCAUACAGCUGAUAAACCUGACAAAAAUGAUGAGAAACAGCUUACUAAUAAACAAACUGAACCUGAUCAUACAGAACACCCAGUUGAAUCGUACUUGUCGUAUGAAACUGAACAAAUAAUGUAUGAACAGAAUAAUUAUGAACCUAAUCAAGCCAGUUCUUAUCAACUUGAGCAAACUAAUAAUUAUGAGCCUGAACAAUUGAUUUCUUUAGAGCCUCAUAGUACCACUUUACAAUAUGAUCAAGCUACGGGUAAUGAGGCUUAUCAACCAAAUCAAUAUGUACCUGAACAAACAACCCAAGAAAAUACGGUUGGUGCUCAACCCCUUUUGGCUAAUUAUGAGCCCGAACAAAAUCAAUCAUAUGGGUCUUACGAAACUGGUCAUAAUAUGCUUGAACAAAUAACUAGCUAUACACCACAGCAAGAGGCAGACUAUAAACCUGAGCAACAAUUAAAUAAUUAUGAGCCUCAGCAAGUAAAGUCUGCUCCCUCUGAUCCUAUCUCAUCCUUUGAUAUGCCUAAUUAUAGCACACCUCAAGAACAACAGCAACGUGUUCUUUCUCCUCCUCCUCGUACAGGUUCUGCUAAAGCUAUGGUAUCUCCUCCACCUAUUCAAUCUUUCUAUCAACCACAGCGUUCAAACAGUGUCGCCGAAUCUGAACAGCGUCGACACAGUGGUGUAUCUUUUCCAGGAUAUAAUUAUAAUAACCAAUUCCCAAUUGAACGCUCAGCUACUGUACCACCUCCUAUUGUCGAUCGCAUCGUUUCACCUCGUCCUCAACUUAUUCCUUGUCCUGAUCCUAAGUGUGAAGGUGAAAACAAGCCUAAGGCUAAAUUUUGUUGUGAAUGCGGUCGACCUUUAGCAAGCCUUUCACGAUCAACAACUCCAUCUAGUAACUUAUUUACUGGCAAUUUUGGUGUCGAACCUUUUAAUCCUAUCUCUUCUUCUUUUGACAUGGUAACUGAGCAAGUUCAGCGUAGUGCCUUGGAUGAUAAGAAGGAUGCAAUGGUUCAGAAAUUAAAGGACUUUAUGGAUGCUUCUGUUGUAAUUCAUAAUACUAGAGAUGUAGAAGAAAAGCGUAAAUAUGCUUUAGCAUAUAUUGAAGGACGUUUAAACAAGUUUGAUGAUGACAGUAAAGAAUUAUUGUGGCGUCUAGUUAAAUUAAUGUUGGAACAUCAUGAGCAUAAUUUGGGUGAUGGUGGAGAAUUAGACAAGUCUAUUAUGAAUUUAAUUUCAAGCCAAGACGCUUUAUCAUCAAAUACAAACUUAGAUAAAUUAGAAAACUUUUUGGUUAAUGGAGAUAGAGAAGGAGCAUGUCGUUUUGCUUCGGAGCAGGACAUGUGGGGUCAUGCGCUAAUUAUUGCAUCUAGUGUUGAAGGUAAUCUCUUCAAAGAUAUUGUAUCUCAAUUUAUAAGUCGUGAGCUAUUUUCUUCUACGACUGAAUUGAUACCUCAAAUUACGGACAAUAAGAAAGCAUUGCGUAUGCUAUAUUCUGUUUUCAAUGGUGCAGUUACUGCAUUUGUAAAACAAAGCGGAGAUGAAGAACCUGUUUAUUCAGAAGAGACUUUGAAAGGUUGGAAACAUGCUUUGGCUCUUAUAUUGGCAAAUCGAUCUUCAAAUGAUCAAGAAGCUAUUUAUGGGUUGGGUGAUAAAUUGAAGCAACAAGGAACAAUGAAUAACGAAGCCCGUUUAUGUUAUAUGCUAUCACCUAAUCAAUUGAGUGAUACUGAUAAAGAUAACAAAAUUGUUGGUGAUGAUAUAUAUACAGAUUUAGAUUCAUUAUACCUUGCAGAGUUUUAUGAAUUUGUAACAAAUGCUAGUAUUCAACAGAAUUUUAAGUUAAUGCUCGCAUGGUGGUUGACCGAAUUAGGUUUUACACAAGAAUCACAAUACUAUUGUGACUCUAUUGUCAGCACACUUCGAAACAAUUCUGACUAUAAUUUUGAUACUUUGAUUGGUUCUAUUGAAGAGAAAAUGACCUUCCCAACUUAUACUACUGGUUAUGGUUAUAGUGACCAGACCAAUGAUAAAGUACCUGAGAAUGAUUAUGGAUAUGGCAACAGUUACACGGUAUCUGCUGAUACUAUUCCCCACGCCGUUACUUCACCUUUUGCACAACAAGCUAAAGGUAUUCGAUCACCUUUCCAAGAGAACUCAAAUGGCCCUAUUCAGCCUAUUAAAUCACCUUUUCAAUCAAAUAUACAUCCUAUUUCGUCACCAUUAAGUAACACCCAACAAUUUGUUGGAGCUUCUGCUCAAACUAAUGGCGACGAGAAUGGUGGUGCAUGGUGGGAUUCGAAUCAUGUCCAAACAAAUACUUUUAAUAAUCAAUAUCAGCCAUAUGAACCUCAAGCAAAUAGCACGACAACAGAUUAUCAACCUAAUGCAUAUAUGCCUCCUACAGAAAAUGCAGUUGAAACAAAUGGAUCUAAACCUUCAUGGGAUGAAGAUGAUGAUUUGGGCUUUGGUAACAACAGUAAUAAAAAGGCAUCUACUACUACUACUACUACUACAGAAAUAACAGAUAAUGAUAAAAAGGAAACUGAAACUAAAGAAGAAAAGCAGGAUGAAACGACUGCAAAGAAAGAAAAGGAACGCCAUGGAUGGGGUCUCUUUUCAUUAUUUGGUAGAAAAGAUAAAGAGCCAACAGAAGAAAAGAAAGCAAUUAAAGCUAAUUUGGGUGAAGAAAAUACAUUUUAUUAUGAUGAAAAAGAAAAACGUUGGGUUAACAAACUUAAUGAUUCAAAGCCUGCAGCAGCUACACUUCCUCCCCCACCAAAGGCUUCGACACCUCAACCAACAACAAUGACGCCUCCAGUUGGCAGCAGUAGCUUAAAGCCAAACUCUAUGCCUCCUCGUAUUAAUUCUGCACCUCCUAUAGGUGCUGUUAGUAGUGGACCACCUAACACGCCUCCUACUGCUAGAAGAGCAGGUGCUGGUAGAAAACCAAUGCGCUCUCGUUAUGUAGAUGUUCUCAACACUCAAAAUUAA